CUUUUAUAAUAAUCUUUUUGUUUGUUGAAUAAAUGUUUAAUUUUUUUAUAAUUAAAAUAUCAAAUUCUAAUACACAUAUUUUUAUAGGGAACUUCAUUUGCUUUGGCAUUAAAUCUUAAACUAAAAUUUUGUCCACUUCAUUAUCAUGAAGACAAUAAGGUUCUUAAAAAUUGUUUUCAACAUGGCUUAUGUACAAGAUUUUCCAGUUUAUGGUCAGACUUUGUUUUCUCUAUGCCUAUAUUUAAAAAAUGCGUUCUACCAGAAUCAACCGAAUCAAAACUUUUAACUUCAUCUGAAGAUAAGAAAGUAUUAGAUACAGAAGAGAUUUUUACAAAUGAAGAAAUUAAUAAUGAAAUGAAAGAUGCAUCAAAAAAGUAUGUAGGUCAUACACAAAAUAUAAUUGGUUUACAACUACUAGAAGAAGAUCCAUCACAUGCUUUUCUUCAUUUUGAAAAAGCAGGAAAAUUGGGGUGUAGCAAAGCUAAUUUCAAUUUAGGUGUAUGUUUUGAGACUGGUAAUGGUAUAAAAAGAGAUCUUGAGAAGGCUGCACAUUAUUAUAAAUUAGCAGCAUCUGAAGGGCAUGGCCUUGCUUUAUAUAAUUUAGGAAUUUAUUAUUUAGAAGGUAUGGGAGGAUUGGAGAAAGAUGAAAAUACUGCUAUUGAAUUGAUUGAAAAAGCAGCAGAACAAAAUAUUGUAGAGGCACAAGUCUUCCUGGGAAUUCAUUAUUUUCAAUGUAAUAAAAGAUGUAAAGCAUUUAAAUAUUUUGAAAAAGCUGCCAAAACUAGUACAGAUGGACAGUAUUAUUUAGGAUUGUGUUUUGAAAAUGGAUGGGGAACUAAUAUUGAUAAUCAUCAAGCAGCAAAACUCUUUUCUUCAGCAGCAGCAUCUGGUCAUUUAGAAGCUAUAUUUUCAAUAGCAAGUUACUAUGAAAAAGGCCUAGGAGGUAUUGAACAAGACAUUGAUUUUGCUAUUUCAUUAUAUAAACUAGCUGUCAAUGCUGGACAUAAAGAAGCAGAAUAUUGCUUAGAAAAACUCAAGUCAUCUAAAUUAUCAAAACCUACAAAAGUUAAAAGUUGUGAUAUUAAAAGAGAGAAUUAUGAAUGCCAUAACAUCCACGUAUCAUCAUCAUCACCGGAAUUAAGUCGAAUAGGUUCUCCCGUAGAAUCAAAUUUUCUCAUGGAUGUAGCAGAUUGCUUCAAAGACAAUUCUCAAGCAUUCUGGAAAAAAGUUCCCAGAAAAUCAAAUUUCUGGAUAGACUCCGAAGUAAAUUGCGGUUUUGAUGCAGAAAAAGAAUUGCCUCAUUGGACAUCGACUCCUACUCUAUUAAGCGUAAUUUGAAUCUUUACCAUGUUUUAAUGGUAAAAAAUACUGUAAAUAUUGUAAUAUAUGCUUUUUAGGAUCAUUUAUCUACUGUAAUGGAAAAGAAACAGAAUAAAUAUCAGAUUGGUAUUGUAAUCUUAAUCUUAAAAAUUUAAUUUUUUUCAAACAUAACAAAACUUAUUGCUAUGGUGCCAAAUUUUUUGUAAUAUAUAUACACUGGAGAAUAUUUUUAUUCUAUUAGAAUCCUCUGCUUCUCACCUCACUAUAUGUCUGUAUUUUAUCAUCUGUCCACUUGUUGAAUUAUUCAAUAAAG